UACGGCGCUAAAAAAACAAGUAACUACUUUUUGAUACAGCGGCCGAGCCCGCAGUGUUGCGUUGUCAUUUCGAUUGAGUGCUUCCAUGUCAUCCGUUCCUUGCUGUUGCAAUCGGGGGACAUCGAAACUAAUCCUGGUCCUGAUACUAACGCCAUACUAGCCGAGCUAAAAAAACUAUCCACCGGUCAAUCGAAAUUACUUGCAGAGGUACAAGACCUUAAAACCCAGCUAUUAACAACAGAUAAAGCGAUAUCAGAUUUAAGCGGGCGCAUGACUGCGCUCGAAAACCAUUAUCAAAAUCUCGCCCCCGUGCGCACCGAAUUAGAAAAUGUAAAAAUCGAGACGGCUCAGACGGCCCGUUUGGUCUGUGGCUUGGAGGCACGCUUCGACGAUGCCGAAAAUCAUUCUCGACGCAACAACCUCAUUUUCUAUGGCAUCCCUAACUCCACUGGACCAGAAACGUUUGCCCAAUCAGAACAGCUCGUCAUCCGGCACUGUCGUGAUCACUUGAACAUAACCAUAGACCCCAAAGAAAUAGAGCGUGCACAUCGUCUUGGACAUCACACAUCUGACCGCCCUCGCCCAGUAAUCGUUAAAUUCACGUUCUAUAAGACAAAAGACACCAUACUAUCUAAUGGCCGCAAGUUCAAAGGAACAAGUUUCAGUGUUGGCGAAGACUUUUCUCGGCCCGUCCAAAAUGCUCGCAAACACCUACUUGCGUUUGCAAAAAGCAAAAAUACGCCGUUUUCUUUACGAUUUAAAACACUACUUAUGGGCCCGAAACGCUAUAUUUUUGAUGAACCAUCACAGACAGUAAGGGAAACAGCAUAGCAAUUGCCCCGUCAGAAGAAAAUAACAGCCCCCUCUCGGAAUUCUACCAAAACUAAUCUUUCAUUUUCCGUAAUCUUCACCAACGCGCGAAGCUUUCUUCCGAAACGAGAAAUUUUGUCUAAUCUCGUGUUGUCCUCUUGUAGUAAUUUGUUGAUAUUAACCGAAACCUGGCUGUCUAAAGAAAUCACUGAUGCUGAAGUUCUGGCCGAUUUGCCGGACUUCCGCCUUUAUAGAAAUGACCGCCAAGCCACACGAGGAGGAGGUGUUCUCAUCGCCGUACACCAGCAGUUGUCAUGUUCUAUUGUUAACAUUACAUCCGACCUUGAAAUACUAUGGAUCAUAUGUCGCGCUU